GUGAAAGUUACCAUAUUAAAGAAACUAUAUUUUUUAUAUUAGGUAUAAUUUCAGAAUUCACUGAACAUUGAAUUCAAAAUUGCAACAGUAUGUAAAGUACGUCUAUAGGUCAAAGAUUAAUCAAUCAGUAUUUAGUUUAUUCGGCAUUAAAUAGUGAUGUAAAAGUUAUUUUACAUUUCAACUAAUACUGUAUAGUGAUUGGUGAUCGCAAAUUGAUUGAAACUGUCAUAUUAAUAUAAUAUAAUUGGCAUCUUGUGCCUUCAUUGACAUUAUGGCGGUUGCUAGUAAAAUAUUAAAAACAAUAGACACAUCAUGUCAUGAAUAUAUGCACCCGUGGGUGUCUUCAUGUUCUGACGCAAGUGCUGGUGUACUCAUUCAUUCGAUCCAAGCUUCAUUUCGAAUUUAUGUCACCACAUACAUGUUGACUUUACUGAUGAAAGGUCGAAAGCCGACUAAGAAGGAACUCAAACGAACCCUGUUGAGCAUUAUUCAGUCAACUGCUUUUCUGUCAUGUCAUGCAUUUGGUUUUUCAUCUUUUGUGUGCUUACUAAGAAGAUUAUUUGGGAAAUUCAAUGUACUAAGUGUGGCAUUCCUUCCAUGUUUUCUAAUCUGUCUAGUUGCUAUAUUAAUUGAAAGGCCAUCCAGACGAGGAUUACUAAGUUUAUAUGUCACAAAUGUUGCCUCAGAAACAUUCUAUAAUAUGAUGGUUAAUAGAGGCAUUAUAAAUCCAAUUCCUUAUGGAGAUUUAUUUAUAUUUGGGUCAUCGAUUACACUACUCCUUUAUUUUUUUAGAGGACAGCAUAAUAAAACAGAUUCAAUAUAUUCACUUUUAAGGUUUGUUGUUGGUCCUUCCGAAGAAAAUGAUUAUACAAAACCAUUGUUAUCCCCUCAAACUCCCCAGUUGGGAAAAUCAAAUCAAGAUACUAUUCGACAAGCAAUUACAGAUAUACAUCAAGCUUAUUGUAGUAUAGACAGUAAAUUAAAGACAAUUUGGACUAGUGAUGUAUGUCCACACGCUUAUGGAUGUUUACAUUAUAUUCUUAGUUCAGGAACGAGAUUAUUUUUAGUUGGUUAUACGCUGCAAUUAAGUUUGAAGUCUUUGUUACAAGCCAAUCGCAUUUUACGUAAACCGAGUUAUAUUCUAAAACUAAUGAUAUCGUCAGAUACAUUUAGUUUAGGAGCUUUUCUUGGAGGAUUUUCUUCCAUUUAUCGAAUUGUAUCAUGUGUAAUGAGAAGAUUAUUAGGUAAAGAUUCAAAAUACAUAUGUAUUCCUGCAGGAUCAUUGGCUAGUCUUACUUUUUGUUUGUAUCGUAAUAACACAAUUGCUUUGUAUGUUAUGUUGAAAGCAUUACAGAUAAUGUAUAUUAAAGGUUCUAUCGAUGGACUGUUUCCUGAUUUACCUCAAGCAAAUAUAUUCUUUUAUUGUUUUUCUACGGCUAUUUUAUUUCAUGCAGCUAUACUUGAACCACAUAACCUAAGACCAUCAUAUUGGAAAUUCUUACAGUCUGUGUCUGGAGGAAGUAUAGGAUUAGUUGAUAGACAUUGUUUAGAUAUAUUUGGUCUCAAAUCAAGUGAAUCACUUGAAAGAGUAUUAAAAAAAUAUAAGCCAGUUCCAUUACAAGUUUUUAAAUUUUAAAAUUUUAUUAUUUAGUCGAGGACAGAAGGUUAUGCAUGGUUAAUGGUGUAUAUAAUAUAUAAUAAUGUUUUAAAAAU